CAGCUCCAAACUUUCUCUUUAAGGCGCGUCGACGCGGUGGUGCGUAAAUUAACAAAUAUUCCAUACAAGCGGCGCACAUGGGAACCAUGGCGCCUGUCCGCGGCAGAGACCCAAGCGUUUUCUUUUGAGUGUCAAGAAAAGCCGAAUAAUCAACCAAACGUAUCCCUGCAGCCUGUCUACUCUCCUGCGUCUGCAGCGUCAGUGAAUGCGGCAGCGGCUGCACGCUGAGGCGCACAGCGAUCCGAGCCGAAGGGAUCCUUCAAACGGAGGGGAUCAGGAUGAGAGGAAACAUCAAGUGAUCUGGGGUGAAACGGACUGACAUGGAGGCACCGCCGCACCCGAGCUGUGAGCCUACUUUGGCCAAACGGGAGUGACCAAGGCGCAAAACUCACUGGUUGGGAUGGCAGCAUCCAGCAACUCCAGCCUCUCAGGUUCAUCCAUGUCCUCUGCUUCACAUCAGACUCACGCUGGAUGUGGCAUUCCCUAUAGCACAACAGACCCUGAUGAUUAUCAGCCCCCCAUAUGGAAGUCCUACUUAUACCAGCUACAGCAAGAGGCCCCAAGACCAAAGAGGGUCACGUGUCCUCAGGAGAUGGAGACCAGACCUAAAUACUAUGGCAGAGAGUUCCAUGGCAUGAUCCCUCGAGAGUAUGCAGAUCAGCUGCUGGCAGGGGUGGAGGGUGCUUAUCUCAUCAGGGAGAGUCAAAGACAGCCAGGGACACACACCUUGGCCUUAAGGUUUGGAGAUCAGACACUCAACUACAGGUUGUUUUAUGAUGGGAAACACUUUGUUGGAGAGAAGAGGUUCGAGUCUGUUCAUGACCUUGUAACUGAUGCCCUCAUCACUCUUUACAUCGAGACCAAGGCGGCGGAGUACAUUGCCAAAAUGACCACAAACCCGAUCUAUGAGCAUCUCGGCUAUACGUCCCUGAUCAAAGACAAGAUGGUGCACCGACUGAGCCGUGCACGCUCAGAACCCCGUCGAGUCACCUUCCAGAGGGAGGAAAGGAUCUCCUCCCCUUUGCUGAGAAGGAGUGCCCUGAAGGACACCCCUGAGAAGCAGUGCUCCUACGAAAAGAUCCACAACUUUAAGGUACACACCUUUCGAGGGCCGCACUGGUGUGAAUAUUGUGCAAACUUCAUGUGGGGCCUCAUCGCCCAGGGGGUCCGCUGCUCAGAUUGUGGGCUGAAUGUACACAAACAGUGCUCCAAACUGGUUCCCAGUGACUGUCAGCCUGACCUGCGCAGGAUAAAGAAAGUGUUCAGCUGUGACCUCACCACGCUUGUCAAAGCUCACAACACCAUGCGACCCAUGGUGGUGGAUAUGUGCAUUCGGGAGAUAGAACUGAGAGGUAUGAAAUCUGAAGGUCUGUACAGAGUGUCUGGCUUCUCGGAACACAUCGAGGAUGUGAGGCUGUCCUUUGAUCGAGAUGGCGAGAAGGUUGAUAUCAGUGCCAGUGCCUAUGCAGACAUCAACAUAAUUGCGGGUGCUUUGAAACUCUACUUCAGAGAUCUCCCCAUUCCAGUCAUUACUUUUGACUUGUACUCCACAUUUAUUCAAGCUGCAAAAAUUCCGAAUGCUGAAUGCAGACUGGAGGCCAUCCAUGAAGGGUUGCUUCAGCUCCCCCCAGCACACUAUGAGACACUGCGCUACCUGAUGGCCCACCUCAGAAGGGUAACUAUGUUUGAAAAGUACAAUUUAAUGAGUGCUGAGAACCUGGGGAUCGUUUUCGGCCCAACUCUGAUGCAGGCGCCGGAGCAGAACGCCCUGACAACCCUGAAUGACAUGAGGCAGCAAAAACUUGUGGUGCAGCUUAUGAUAGAGCAUGAAGAUGUCUUAUUUUAAGAACAAACGCUUAUUUUCUAUUCGUCAGUGAGGAAAUUUAAGCCACCUUCAUUCCAGUGAAGACUCUAAAGUUUGCAAUCACACUCAACUUGAAAGACUUCUUUCUCACAUGACAGUUUUCAUCCAAGCUGGUUAACUUUGUAUUGUUAAUGCAAGUUCUACAGCUCCAUCAGUUUAUGUAUGUAUGUAUGUAUGUAUGUAUGUAUGUAUGUAUGUAUGUAUGUAUGUAUGUAUGUAUGUAUGUAUGUAUGUAUGUAUGUAUGUAUGUAUGUAUGUAUGUAUGUAUGUAUGUAUGUAUGUAUGUAUGUAUGUAUGUAUGUAUGUAUGUAUGUAUUUAUGAAUACUUUUGUGCUGUUUCUCUCUGUAAUUCAAAGACUGGUGCUGCCUGGUGUAGACUCAGUCAGGAGGAUACUGAGUGAAAUGUAUUGCAGGCAGAUCAUAGUCAUUGAAGGCCUGGUGCCAUGUUACCAAGAGGGUUAAAGUAAAUGCUUUUACUUGAUGCCGAAUUACAGGAAGGUUGAAUUGAAAACACGACACUGUGCGGAUUCUUUCAGUGUGGGUUAAAAUAAAGUAUAAUGUUUAAGGGUGUUUACCUAAAAGAAAACAAUACGAUUGGGAAAUUAUGAAGCACUUUUUCUGAGACAAAUGCACACGUGUGCUUUGUGAAGAUAUUUAUAUUUGUUUUUUUCCAUCAUAUUAAAUGCUAUAGAGAGUGAGUCUUUCAUUAUAAAACAACAUUUUGUGGGGGGGGGGGGGGGGGGUGACAAUUUGGCCAUUUUAUUGUGUAGGAGGGUCUUAAUCCAUGCUAGCUGGCAGUAUUGGAUAAAUUCAACCAAAAAGGAUAAUCAUAGCCCUCCCACCACUCUCUUUUUUUUAUUGCCAGUUAUGAUCCUGACGAAGUUUUCUUUUGAGACCCAAACAGAAAGUGUGCCAAGCAUGUUCCUUUUUACACUUGGUUUAAUGUGAUUCUUGAUUUAUUUCUACAAAUCCAUUUUAUUGAAAUGUAUUUUUGUGACCGUUGUAAUUACAAUUGUAAUUUAUGAAAUGAUUUAUUAAAAGGAUGUCGAGACUUGGAUUUAA